AUGGAUGAAUUAUGCACUCCUUCCCCUCUCAGAACGAGCAGCAAACCACGCGCCAUGGUGGACGGAGACGGAGCACCGAAAAUGGCGGUCCAGUAUGAACUGAGGCCGGGGCAGACUCGUCUCUUCCACGAGCUCCCCUCCGGUCUGUCCAUGGAGGUCAUCGCACAAGAAAGCGACAGCAAAAGCGGUGGAGACCUCAACCCACCGCUAGUGUUUGUGCACGGGAGCUACCACGCCGCCUGGUGCUGGGCUGAGCAUUGGCUGCCUUUCUUCUCCAGCCACGGGUUCGACUGCUAUGCCGUCAGCUUGCUCGGUCAGGGUGAAAGUGAUGCACCAUCUGCUCCUGUUGCUGGUUCCCUCCAGACACAUGCGGCUGAUAUUGCGGACUUCAUUGACAAAAAACUUAGCUCGCCUCCGGUUCUGAUUGGACAUUCAUUCGGAGGGCUUUUUGUCCAACACUACAUAGCAAACAUGAGAAAUAAGCAAAGUACAGAGAGGGAUGGUUUGUUCCCAGACGUCGAAGGAGCUGUGCUUCUUUGCUCCGUACCUCCUUCCGGCAAUAGGGGCAGGGCGUGGCGGUUUCUCUUUACCAAACCUAUAGCAAUUUAUAAGGCCAUUCGCAGCAUGGCUUUUAAAGGUUUUCAAACUUCUCUUCCGCUUUGUAAGGAGACAUUCUUUUCUGCUGCAAUGGAGGAUCAUCUGGUGCAACGUUACCAGGAACUACUGAAGGGUAGUUCAAGGAUGCGGGUAAUUGAUGUAUGGCAGAUGAAUGCUUCUCUUCCAGCUCCUGUGCCGAAAUCUUCCGUUCAAAUUCUCGUAGUGGGCGCAAAUGAUGAUUUCUUACUGGAUGCUCAAGCCAUACGAGAAACGGCUGAAUACUAUGGUGUGCCGCCGAUUUGUGUCGAAGGGGUGGCUCAUGACAUGAUGCUAGAUUGCUCAUGGGAGAAAGGCGCGGACGUUAUCUUGUCAUGGCUGAAGGGUUUGCGAAAGGACCAGAGAUGA